CGCAUGCUCACUCUACUUAAUUUAACUUCCGGGAAAGUUGAACAUGCAACGAGACGAAAAACAAUUAGACAACUCUCUGGAGGCUACCAUACAAAGAGUGCAAGAUCUCAAGGGUUCCCUGUCUGCAUUGCUGGUGAAAUUGGAAACUGAGUAUACUCUAAACUGGCCUUCAGUCUUAGACAGCUUUGCUCUGCUUUCUGGACAGAUCAGCUCCUUAAACAAACUUCUUAAACAUGAGAAAACCCCUCUAUUGAGAAACUAUGUUUUGCUGCCAUUGCUGCUUUCACCAGACAGGGAUGCAGACUUAGAAAAAUUGACAGAAGGCAGAGUCCUUGCCUUCAACCAUGAGGUGGUGCCAGAUUACCUGAGGACAAAGCCAGAACCAGAUGUGGAGGAAAGACAGCAACAUAUCAGUAAACAGGCUUCUAAUAUGACUGUGGAAAAUGCACAGAAACAGAUGAAUGCUGUAAACAGAAUAAGCACACAACUAUUGGACAUGAUCACCAGCUUUAGAGACGAGUGGGAAUUAGCUCAGAAAACCAGCCAACAACAGACAUCUUCCAUAGCAGAUACAAAUACUUUACUGGCUGCAGUUAACUUUGGUAAAGGUUUAAAGUCAGGCAGUGAGAAUGUGCAUUCCAGCCAGUCCCAACCAUCUCCUGCAGAACAUGCUCAACCAGGAAGACAGGCUUCCAGUAGCAUGAAAGCCCCUAGUUCCAUAAAAACCAAUAUCAAAUCAGCCUCCAGUUUGCACCCGUACCAGAGGUGAAGAAGAUAGAAACUUUGAAAAAAGAAAGAUUACAGCACCCAUGGGACUAAUGCAGUAAAGAAAGUUGUACACAGAGUUUUGGCAUACAGCAUCUUUAUAUCACUUGCCAGUGAAUGUUGCUUCUGUAUAUCACUUGCCAGUGAAUAUUGCUUCUAAAGAGAGAUUUUUCACAGUGUCGUCUUAUUAAAUCCUUUGUGUAUUUGGGGACUCACUAAAGGGCGCUCACCAUUGUGUUAUUUAAGAUUGGAGUUUUUUUUUUUUUUUUUUUUUUUCAAAAAAACUGAAGAUUUGGUCAAAAUCUAUGAAAUAACAACAGAGGAUUCUAAUUGUCAAAGGAGACAUAUUUUACCUUUCCUGGUUAUAAAAAAAGGCACAAUUUUAAGACGGGUUAAGAUGGGUGUAAUGCAAGACAAUGAAAUACUUAUUGAGUGAAAAUUUUGCAGAUGAACGCUUCCAAAGAAUUAUGACAAAAUACAGGUCAAGUUUGAAAAUCAGCUUGAUGGAAACUUUUUUUCAAAGUUUUUUUUUUUUUUAUUGUAGCAUGUUCUAUUGACUGUUACACAAGUAACAUGAAAACUGUUACAAUUUGCUUUAAAACUUGCAGGACUAAUUAAUAGGACUAUACUACAGAUGGAUAAUUAUAUUGAUCGGCUUAGUUUUGAUGAAGUUAUGCUGUAUUUUUAUUAUUAUAAUUUUUUUUUUGUACAGUGGUUUUUCCUCAGAUUAAAGUCUUCAGCAUGUUAGCAGUCUCAUUAUUGAACUAAUAAGAUACAUGACAUUUUCUGCAUCUAAACAAUUUUGUUAGUUGAUUAUACAAAAAUUAUGGUGAAUCUGUUACCGAGUAUUGUGUAAUAAAGGGUCAGAAAUGUUCAGAAUUUCAGAAUGGAGCAAAUUGGACGUAAAUUGUUCUGUUGAUAUUUUUUCCAUCUCAUCAAUUUCGUUGAUCAUAUAAAAA